AUGUGGGUUGACUAUAUCGAGAGAUACUAUUGUGAGAAUAAUGGCAAGAAUAUGGCCGAUAUUCAGUCCGUCCAGUCUGGAGAUACCGGGGGCAAAAGACCAGACAAGCUCGCCUACAAAUACCGAUGCAGGCAUCCUGACUGCAAGCAUCCACUCUUCACUUCUCAGCAUGUCUUCAUUCGACACUUAAAGACGAAGCAUUACCCGAACACCGCGUUCUUUUGUCCUGAAAAUGACUGUCCAAAUAAUCAGAACAACAAAAAGAAAUACCCCAGAGAAGACAAUUGCAGAGAACAUUUCGUCAGCGUUCAUAAGAGAACUGUGGAUGAAUUCAGAGCUCUUAUUACAUCAUGUACAACCGAGUGGGAGUGUCCACACGUCUGUGCUCUCUGUCUUCGCGAGGUCGUUGGAUGGGGCGAUUUCUAUGCAUGCUUUGUCAAGCACUGCAAGCUUUCAGACGACGACCCCGGGUCGCUGCCGGGACUUCUGCCGGGAAAGCCUGAUGACGAUGGCACAGGAAGUGGCUCCAAUGAUGGUCUCGACCACUCGGGGCCAAAGAAGUCUGCAAACUCUAAGCAGCGGAGCAAGAAUCAGGGCAAUAAUUUCAAGUCCCAGAGCCAUGAUCAAAGCUCGUCUCAACAUAGAAGGCCCAAAAAACGCCCAAAGCCAUCUAGCAACGACUCAGAGCCUUCAAAAGCGCCCCAGUUCUUGGGCAGUCCGCCUGGAGAUCCGCCUCCUCUCGUGUGUCCGUCCCAGCCAAGGGCCCCGCAGCCGCAACUGCAACCUAGGGCUCUCCCAUCGCGCUCAGCUCAUUACCACCCAUCACAUUACGGCCCCUUCUCAUCACCCAACGCACGAUAUGGCCAGCGUGGGAGCGUUAUUAUGACUGCCCGGUGCAAUAAAUGCGGACACGCCUUCCUAAACUGUCAUCUUUGUAGCUUCAGAACAGAACCUACCGACGAAUGUCAUGAUUGUGUGGGAACCUUCGUGGACAUGGCAGCCACGGGGCAGUUUCCAACACCGAUGACUCGAUCUAGCUCAACCAAAGGGGGUCCUGAUGGAGCUGUUGGAUACAAUCUAUCAACAUCCAGCCAUGGCUAUCAUAUGCAAUUCAUGGACCCAGCCGGUCAGGCCUGGAUCCCUCAAUCCUCGCCAAGGAGGCAACCUGGACCUCCAAGUGAUAUAGGGAGUGAAAGGGAGAGUUAG